AUGACCGAGGCGUAUCAAAUAGACGAAGCGGAGGUACAAAACCAGAUCAGACAGUUUUCCAGCGCCGCUCUACGGCAGAGAAGUGGGAAUUUUCCCAGGUUGAAACGGUCAAGAGACGGCUCUGUCUUCCCUGCUACUGAUGGCGCCACGACGAAUAGAGGCAAUAAGCUACUACAAAACUCCGAGGGGGUGAAGCGAACCUCGCUACGAAACCAUGGUGGGAGCCGAGACAGUCAUGUUUUUUACAACGGAUCGGUGCACAAACUUUUAGCUCGAAACCGUCGGGGUGACGAGGCUUACGACGACGACGAGGACAACAGUUGCAGUGCCGACCUGCACGAAUUAGUCAACGUGAGACAGAUUCUGGCUCCUAUUUCUUCUCUCGAAGACAUUGCGAAACACCCAGCUAUAUCAAAAACGUUCCAAAGCAGCGUGCUCGGAGAACUUGCGCUGCAGGCGGUGCUAAUGAUUAAGAAAGAACAGAGCAACGUUGUGUCGUUUUCGAAGCUUUUAGAGGCAUUUUUGGGAGACUACCCGGGACCAUUGGUGGAGUCGAAAUUGAAGCUGGAGGAAUAUGACCACAAUUUAAAAUUGCAGGAUGACGCGGCGUUAGGCGAUGAGACGGUGGGUGAUGCCAAAGCUCAACAGCAGUUGCAGCCCUUAAAGUCUGAACGCGACAGCAUUGAUGGCGAUCCAUUCUUUGCCCUGCCCCAAUUCGACCCAUUAAGUGUCCUUCCCACGGUCAUAUCGCGCAAGCAAGAUUCAACUACGGAAGAGGUGGAAGCUGCAAGACAAUUAGCCCAGAUAGCUCUGCAACGGAACCAGGAGUUUAUCAGGAACCUGCAAAAAAUUCGUAAUUGCAUCGUAAAGGCGCAGCGUAUAAAAGAGCGGAUUUCCAUGUGGGGUCGCGAAUAUGCUGGGAUUCCAGAGGAAGGCUUGACAGUUCCAAAUGCCCUUCAUGUUGUGAAGAGAGGCUUGAUAAGCGCUACAACAAAUAGGACUAUGACAGAAAAGAGAAUAGAUGCCGAAGCAAAGAAUGAGGAUGAUUCGGAGAGACCGAGUUAA